AUGCUGCAAGGCUAUGCUCGUCCCGCUAACGAGUACGACUACGGCCACCAGCAGUACGUCAACGUCCAGUCCAAGUUGAAGUUACCCGCUGACGACGACACCUCCGACAUCAAUCAGAACCAGAACAUGUUUGGAGGUAUUCUCACCUACGCCCACUUCAAGACCGCCAGCUGCUUUGACCCAGCAUCCUACGGCUCCGAAGCCAUUGACAUCGCCAUCGUGGGGGCUCCUUUCGACACUGGAACCUCGUACCGUCCUGGUGCCAGGUUUGGUCCUGAGGCCAUCAGACUGGCAGCCAGACGUUUGGGUGACUCCAGACCCUCCAAGGGCCGCAAGAGCAAGGAAUACCCUGUCAACCCAUACGACAGCGGUACCCACAACUACUCGAUUGUCGACUGUGGAGACGUGGCCAUGACUCCCUUCGACAACAGAAUCGCCUUGAACCAGCUCUACCGUGGCCAGCGUGCCAUCCACCAGCACCAGGGCAAUGUGGGAAAGGUCCCCAAGAUCAUCACCAUCGGUGGUGACCACACCAUCACCUUGAUGGCAUUGAAGUCGGUCCACGAAGCGCUUGGUGAGCCUGUGCACGUCAUCCACUUCGACUCCCACCUCGACACCUGGAACCCCAAGGUUCUCGGCGGUGGUAUCACCGAAUACAUGUCGUUGAACCACGGAACUUUCUUGCACUACGCACACGAACAGGGCUACAUCGCUCCCCAAGGUAACUGGCACGUCGGCAUCAGAGCUCCCUACCUCGACGAGGCCUACGACGGCAAGCAUGACAGCGAAUGCGGCUUCUCCAUCAUCCGUGCCAACGACAUCGACAAAAUCGGUGUGGAUGGCAUUGUCAAGGCCUUGAAGCACAGUUUGGGCUCCAAGCCAGUGUACAUCUCCGUUGACAUCGAUGUGUUGGAUCCUGCCAAUGCUCCAGCUACCGGAACCAUGGAAAUUGGUGGCUUCAGUGGCCGUGAGUUGAUCAGUAUCUUGGAUAAGUUGGUGGGACUCAAUGUGAUUGGUGCAGACGUUGUGGAGGUGAGUCCUCCAUUCGACACCAACUCGGGAAUCACCAGCUUGGCCGCCACCUCUGUGAUCGACUCUUUCUUGAAGAUGUUGGUAAAGUAA